UAAGCCCAACGGGAAGGCGUGUAUUUAAGCAAGCGCGAUAAGCCCUUAGGGUUUCUUAUUGCUGCUAGCGACCAAGAAGCUCUUCUUCUUCCUGCGGCUCCAAGUCUCUCCCUGCUAAUCGCCCACUAUCUUCUUGUUCCGUCACCAUGGGGAAGACGCGUGGAAUGGGAGCAGCUCGCAAGCUGAAGACCCACCGUAGGAACCAAAGGUGGGCUGACAAGUCCUAUAAGAAGUCCCAUCUUGGAAAUGAGUGGAAGAAACCCUUUUCUGGAUCUUCCCACGCAAAAGGCAUCGUUCUUGAGAAAAUUGGUAUUGAAGCUAAGCAGCCUAACUCUGCCAUUAGAAAGUGUGCUCGAGUUCAGCUUAUUAAGAACGGAAAGAAGAUUGCUGCCUUUGUGCCAAAUGAUGGUUGCUUGAACUACAUUGAAGAGAAUGACGAGGUUCUUAUUGCUGGAUUUGGUCGUAAGGGUCAUGCUGUUGGUGAUAUUCCCGGAGUUAGGUUCAAGGUGGUGAAGGUUUCUGGUGUGUCACUUCUUGCCCUCUUCAAGGAGAAGAAGGAGAAGCCAAGAUCUUAAAUUUCUUAAAAAAUGUUUUAUCUGUUGUGCUACUUGGACAUUUUGAUUUAGAGACAAUUUUGUCAGCAUUUCAUGCCCUUUUUGUUUCCCUUUUCUCCUGCUCCCUUACUCUAUGUUCGGAUGCUUCUGUUUUAAUGAUGGAAAUUUCUGUGGCUAAAUAUGAUUUUCAUUUCCUUCGUAGUGAA